AUGAUGUUCCGAUCAGCGUUUCUGUACUCAGUGCUAUUCCUAAUUGUGUUCAUUAAAAUUUCGAAUACCUUGAAAUAUCUAUUUGUUCCUGAAAAUGAUGAGUUCUUUGAUGAUUGCUCCAAUCAACCGAAUAAUGUCCUUAAUAUUCAUGGACUGUUCGAUUUGUCGCACUUUACAAUUACACGCCAGGACGAUAUAAUUUAUAUGUCAGGCAAUGCUACCUAUAUGUGGAAUAUUCAAUCAGUGGAUCGCGUUGAGGUGAGCUUUCAGCUAUAUCGAUUUGAUCGCAUAGCCUGGGUGCAAACACCAUUCGGCAUGACAGUGCGAGACAUGUGUCCAAUUCUAUUUGAUGAGCCUCAAUACUGGUAUAAGUAUUGGACAACAUAUAUAACUAAUAAGGACGAUUUUAAGGGGAAAUGCCCUAGGCCUGGA